AUGACUGCCAGUGCUGGCUUCUUAGAGGGGCUCUGUGUUUUUGGGGCAGGUGGGGAGCUCUCGAUGAGGAGAAGAAGAGGCACAGGGGAUACAGAGUCCAGUAAAAUCAACGGGCUGGUGGAAAGCAAGACGUACGACACCUAUGCCUCUUCAUCUGGCUACUCCUCGGAAGAUGACUACGCCGGUCACUUUUGCUCAGGCCAGAGCAGCUCUGGGUCGGGGCUCAGGAGCGCAGCCUCCAGGGUCGGCUCCUUCCUCUGGCACGUGGUCACCUCGCCGGUCCGGUUCCUGGGGUGGUUGUUCUCGUGGGUCGGAGCUGCGUGGCACCGCCUCACCGGCAUGGCUCCCCUGCUGGACGGGGUCACCUCGAGGAGGCGCUCUUCGGGUCUGAAGAAGUCCUUGCUGCUGCUUCUGCUCCUCCUCCUCCUCGCUGCGAUCGCCUAUGGGGCUUGGUAUUUCUACCCAUAUGGCCUGUCAACACUCAGCUUUCCUGUGUUUUCGUGGAGAUCUGCAAAGGUUUCAUCCUCUGCUGCUGGGGGAGCUGAUGUGCCUGGAGCUCGGGACCUGACCACCUUUGAUCAAGGGCUAAGCGGGGAGCACCAGCUCCUGGCGCGGUUUCAAGCCCUGGAGAAACGCUUCAAGGCGCUGGAGGCCGAGGCGUCGCGAUGGGAGCUGCAGAGGGGGGCUGUGGCGGCGGGGGGGGAGCUGAAGCAUGGGGGCGUCCUCACGCCGCCGGGGGGGGCGAGGGGGUUGCAUGUGGCCGGGCUCUCAUGUCUCCUCCUCAUCCCUCAGAGCGAGCUGGAUGCCCUCCGAGCCCAGGUGCAGAUGGAUUUAAGUGGGCGCCUAGGGAAGAUCACUCAAGCCUCGCAGGAGAUGGAGGCCCGCCUGCUCAAGCUGAAUUCAGAGUGGCAGAGCUCUGCGCAGGAGGGCCUGAGGGGGAGCUUCCAGCAGGAGAUGGACAAACUGGAGCGGGAGCUGGCGGGCCUGAAGAGGGAACUGGCACUCCUGAAGUCGGACCAGGAGGUGGUGGGGAAGCACAUGGAGGUGAUGCUGGAGCAGAUCAAGGGAGUGCGGACUGACGUGGAAGCACAGUUCCCUGCCUGGGUCAGCCAGUUCCUGUCGCAGCCCCAGCGGGACGGGGCGGCUGGCCUCUUCCUCCAGCGGGAAGAUCUGCAAGCUGAGCUCCAGGCGCUGGAGCGCAAGAUCCUCGCCAAGGUCUUGGAGGACCGGAGGCUGUCGGCACGGGAUGCCCAGGCUGGCAUUGGAGUGGCCCUGCAGCAAGGGGGAAUGGCAGGGGUGACGGAAGAGCAAGUGCAUCUCAUUGUGAACCAGGCCCUGAAGCGCUACAGCGAGGAUCGCGUGGGGAUGGUGGAUUACGCGCUGGAGUCGGCGGGGGCCAGCGUCAUUAACACCCGCUGCUCGGAAACCUAUGAGACCAAGACAGCGCUGCUGAGCUUGUUUGGCAUCCCUCUGUGGUACCAUUCGCAGUCCCCGCGGGUCAUCCUGCAGCCAGACGUCAACCCUGGCAACUGCUGGGCGUUUCGUGGAUCCCAGGGGUUUGCUGUCAUCCGCCUGUCCAGCCCCAUCCGUCCCACAGCUGUGACGCUGGAGCACAUCCCGAAAGCCCUCUCGCCCCAGGGGACCAUCCCCAGUGCUCCCAAGGACUUCACUGUCUACGGUUUGAAAGAGGAAGGAGAAGAGGAGGGUGCUCUCCUUGGGCAGUUCAUGUAUAGCCACGAUGGAGAUCCCAUCCAGACGUUUUACUUCGAGGGUGAAGACUUAGGCACGUUCCAGCUGGUAGAGCUCCGGAUAUUGAGCAAUUGGGGUCACCCUGAGUACACCUGCAUCUACCGCUUCCGCGUGCACGGGGAGCCAGCGCACUGA